UGUAGGCUGACCAGUUUGACAUUAUCACGGUUUGACUUUACAGAUUCGCAUGGCGUCAGAAUGGCCGCUGGACCAGUAGCGGAACGUAAUCAGGAUGCCACUGUGUAUGUGGGCGGACUGGACGAAAAGGUUGCAGAGUCAAUUCUUUGGGAAUUAUUUUUGCAGGCUGGUCCUGUUGUGAAUGUGCACAUGCCCAAGGACCGGGUUACCCAGACACACCAGGGCUAUGGCUUCGUGGAGUUCAUGGGGGAGGAGGAUGCAGACUAUGCCAUUAAAAUCAUGAACAUGAUUAAAAUGUAUGGGAAACCUAUCAGAGUCAACAAGGCCUCAGCAAACCAACGAAAUCUUGAUGUUGGGGCAAACAUAUUUAUUGGUAAUUUGGAUCCAGAGGUUGAUGAAAAACUUCUCUAUGACACAUUCAGUGCAUUUGGAGUGAUAUUACAGACUCCUAAGAUCAUGAGGGAUCCAGACAGUGGCAACUCCAAGGGCUAUGCCUUUAUCAACUUUGCCAGUUUUGAGGCAGCUGACUCGGCUAUUGAGGCCAUGAACGGCCAGUACCUGUGCAAUAGAGCUAUCACCAUUUCAUAUGCCUUCAGAAAGGACUCAAAGGGGGAGAGACAUGGCUCUGCUGCAGAGCGCAUGAUGGCAGCUAAGAACCCCCUGUCCCUGACUGACAGACCACAUCAGCUGUUUGCAGAUGCCCCGCCCCCUCUGGCCCCUGCCCCUACUGGGGGUAUCGCCCCUCCACCACCACCACCAUCACAACAACUCAUGGGGCAGAUGGGUAUGAUGGGUAUGAACCAGCAGACCAGCCUGCCCCCUCCCAUCCCUCCCCCCAUGGGAGGCCCCCCGAUGUCAGGAGCGCCCCCUAUGAUGCCCCCGCCCAUUCCACCGUCAGGAAUGCCCCCUUUCUCAGGGCCCCCACCCGGUCAGAUGCAUUUCCCUCCCAUGCGCCCUCCCCCGGGGAUGCCUCCCAACUCGAUGGGCAACAUGGGCAACAUGCAGCCUCCACCCAGACCUGGUAUGCCUCCUCCGCCAGCCCCGCCCAUGAACAUGUCCUCCAGUCCCCAGGGGGGUGGUAUGCCUCCCCCACCCCCCAUAUCCUCCCAGGGUGGGAUGCCUCACAACAUGCCCCCACCCCCGGGCAUGCGUCCACCACCUGGAUGGAGGGGACCACCUCCACGGGGACCACCACCCUUUGGUAUGCGGCCCCCUCCAGGCAUGCGUCCGCCUCCCCCAGGGAUGCGUGGUCCCAUGAGAGGCCCACCACCAAGGGGCAUGCGCCCCCCGCCCCCUGGUAUGCGGGGGCCCCCUCCUCCACCACCCCCACAGGGGGGAGGAGCAUAUGAGGGGUACGGAGAGGGCUACUGAGCCACACUGACACUUGUGGACACUAGGCUUUCUAGACUGGAGAUGCAUGAAGCAAUGAGAUCUGUGUGGAAACAUGAUCACAAGCUUUGGCACAUUAAUGAAUAAUUUUCUGGAUUUUUUUUUACAUGAAUUUUACGAAUUCAUAUUCAUAUUGUCAUGCCAUAUUCUUAUUUGCAUUGUGUACAUUUUCUCAGAUUAAAUACAGGACAUUU